UUUCUCCUCCUUACAAAAACUGAUGUACUGUUGGACUUCACUGACAGUCAAUAUUGGCUGUUGUAAGCAAGAUGGAAAAACCCAGAAAUGAAAUGAGGGGGCUUAGAUUAUACUGGAAAACCUGUAUGAGGAAGCUCAUAAAAACCACACUGGAUAUGUCUACACAAUAAAGAGAAACCAUGGCUGGAACUUACCAGCUGACUCUGGUGCAGGCUGUGGGACUGCUUCAUUGCUCUGUAAACUUCUGGCCCCAGGCUGAAGGCCAUGUUCUGGCAUCCUGCAGCAUGCAAAGGUCCCAGAACUCUGGUUCCAGCCUAAUCCCAAGUCUACACAGUGAUAAAGCAGCCUGAAUCUUGUGAGCCAGUCAGUUGGCACACAGUCCAGCCAUGGAUUUUUCUUUGCUGUGUAGUAGCAUCCUAAACUUUUUUUAGUCAAGGAAUUUGCAGUUGGCUUUCCACAGAAUUCCAUGUUUCUAGUAUUCGAUAAUAAAAUAUAACAGCCACAUGUUUACUAGUGCACAUCCCCAAAACCAAAAAGGUAUCACAAAUCAAUUUUUAUUAAUUGAAUUUUUUUUAUUCUGGACAAGACCUUACAGAUUUGAUUUGCCUGACCACCUUCUGAUAACUUCCAUGUGGCCAUACAAGAAUUGGGCCAAAAGAUAGCUAUAAAAUAGCUGGAGAUUGGAAAAUAUCUGUUAAAAUCAAAUAUUACGUGCAUUUUGGGUAGGAAUGUGCUUUUCAGUUACACAACUACCAAGCUCUAUUUAGCUGCAAGAUGUGUCUUGUUACCUUCUUGGGAGUUCACAGGUUAUUUGGCAUUCCCUUAAGCUAUAAAUUAUGGGCAUGUGCUUACACUAGGGUGGUUUAUUUAAAAAAAAAUACAGUCCACCUUGAGAGAGAGAGAGAGAGACUUCUUUGUGCACGAAACCUUUAAAUUGUGAGCAGACCGUUACUAGUUUCUUUUGCUUUUUUGUACUGAGCGGCUUCAGGAUCUUAGUCUCUGUUUCACCAUGAAGACUGUCAUCAUUCUCGUGAUUUGUUGCAUGGGAGGAUUAGGACAGAAACAGACAGAAAAGAGAAAGAGCAGUGCUGAAGAAAUCCAUUUUCAGACUAAAGUCAAAGAUUCUUGCACGAUGAACAUGAGUGGUAAUGGGGAAAUGAAACUCAGAAUUGAAUGUAAACACCAAGGCAAGUCUUACUGGUGUGAAUAUACUGGCAAGCCGUCAAUUUGUCGUCCAUUCAAUAACAACCCAAAGCUUUAUUGGAACCAGAUUGUCCUUGAACUUAGAAAACUCCCAAACGCUUGCCAGUCCACCCUAGUGCUGAAGCCCACCAUGUGCCAAAAGGCUCCCACUGAUGCUCACAUGAAGCAAGUAGUUUCCAGCUUGAAGCCAAGCCAGAAUCCUAGCCAGCAAUCAGAUACAGCCAAUCAGGGAAAAUCAAUCCAGAAACCCUUUGUUUCUCUGAAGCAAGUUAAAGAGACCCAUCCAGGGAAAAGCUCUGCCAAAAAAGCAGGGAGACCUAAACCAUCUACAGUACCUCUUAUAAAACCAACACAGCAUGAACAAGGGUCUGAAAAUGAUACUGAAGCAAUGAAGUUGGCACGAGAACAUUGCUGGGAAUCCCUGCACACUCUCUGCUCCUACAUCAUCAGCAUCUUUAGAGGUUAAGAAUUGCUUCAGAGCAAAUUUGUUACAGCUGAAGAGUUCCCUACUGGAGUUUCUGUUUAAUACCCCUUUUUGGGGGUAAUACAUUUCUAGUUUCCAAACAGGGGCCAUUGCUACAAAUCUUGUAGCUAGCUACUUUUUUUCUUACACUUCUGAAAUUAAACUGUUAAGUUUCCAAGACACAAAUAUUAAGACAAACUUUUCUAUAUAAAUGCUUUGAUUCUUCUAGAUUCCAAUAGACUAUAUUAUUGAGAAUAUGACUGCAUAUAUAUUCUGAGAUCAGGUUAAUUUUAGUUUCCUAUAUUGUACUGUUUGUACAACUUGAUUUUUAUGAGCAUUUAUAGAAAUGAAAGCUGUAAAUAAUGCUCCAGUUUGUGCAACCAAUAAAGCAAUGGUUUUUGAAAAUA